GCUUCCAGUUUUCUUUAGAUGGAAAUAUAAAUAUGAAAAAUGUCUGUGUGUUAUAAACUUACAGUUGAAUGGAUUGACAUGUUAUUUUGUGCAGACCAUGGAACUUCCUAUGUUUUUUGUGGCAUUUAUAUUUCUAUUUUAGCGUUCUUGUUCAGAAAAUAGUCCUAUGUUUUUCUGCGCUGAGAAGUUUUCUCUAUAUCAUUCUAUUCUACCAUCACCUUUGGGUACCCUCAUACAUCUAACUCUUAACAUGUAAUAAAUAACCUUGUUUCUUUGCAUUUCAUUGACAACAUGUGUCACGAUCUAAUAUCCAUGUUUGGGUUCACAACUUCACUUUCUGCCUCCACAUUUUCAUUUCUGAAAGUCCACCACUGAAUUGUGGAUAUUAAAAUGGUUACUUUGGUCAACUUACUUGAGACUAGUUGCCUUGUAUAUUUGUGCCCUGCUUUCUUGUGCCUUCAUUUUAUGGAUCGUAAAAUGAUAACUGAACAAAUACCGUAGGAGAACUCAAAUUUUCUCCCUUAAUCUUCUAUUAGCUAGUGUUAAACUUACAUACAGAAAAUUCCUACAAAAUCUCCUAGAUAUUCUUCUAAUUUACAGCAGUGAUAGUCUUUAUCUAAUGUACAACACAAACUUAAAUUAAAUAAGAAUAUUAUCUUGAAUAAAAUCUUAGUAGAUGUGAUAAUUAAGAGAAAGAUUAAUAUUAUGUGCCUUCAAGAGACGAGAUGGGUAGGGAAAAAAGAAAAAAUUUUGCCAGAAAAUGGAUAUAAAAUAUGGUACACAGGAAAUGAUCGAGCAAAAAAUGGAGUGGGGAUUAUUAUGGAUAAAAUCUUAGUAGAUGAGAUAGUGGAUGUAAAGAGAAUAGGGGAUAGGAUUAUUAUGGUGAAGCUUAUUUUAGGAAGAAUGACUAUUAAUAUCUUUAGUACAUAUGCACCACAAGCGGGGUUAGGUAAGGAGAUAAAAGCAAAAUUUUGGGAGGACCUAGAGGGACUCAUACAAAUGAUACCAAGAGUAGAGAAAGUGAUUAUAGGAGGUGACUUAAAUGGUCACGGGGAAAUUAAUAAUGAGGGUAAGUCUAUUCUAGAUUUUGCAAUGGCAUAUGGGCUCAUCAUAACCAAUACUAAGUUCAAAAAACGGGACGAACACUUAAUCACAUAUAAAAAUGUCACAUCAAACACCCAAAUAGAUUACUUCCUCAUGAGACAAGAGGAUCGGGUAUGCUGUAGGGAUUGUAAGGUGAUACCGGGAGAGUGUUUGACUACUCAACAUAGACUUCUAGUACUUGACGUCCAAGUAAGAAAUUGGAAGAGAAAAAAUCACAUAAAACAAAAUCCAAGAAUCAGGUGGUGGGAUUUAAAAGGGGAGAAACAACUAAUCUUCAAAGAAAAAUUAAGGGGUAGAAGAGAAUAGAAUGGAGAAGGACAAACAAAUCAAAUGUGGAGAGAAAUGGCUAAUGCCCUGAGAAGCACAGCAAAGGUAGUGCUUGGAGAGACGAAUGAUAGAGCCCAUAAUCUUAAGGAGUCUUGGUGGUGGAAUGAAGAAGUACAAUUGAAAAUUAAAAAUAAGAAAAAUUGCUAUAAGGCCGUAUAUCAGUGCAACAAUGAAGGAAAUCAAAAAAAUUACAAAGAAUCAAAAAAAGCUGUUAGUGAAACAAGAUCAAAAGCAUACGAGAAUCUAUAUAAACGACUUGAUACAAAAAAUGGAGAAAGGGAUAUAUAUAAAUUAGCUAAAGCAAGAGAAAGAAAAAUAAGGGAUUUAAAUCAAGUGAAAUGCAUAAAAGAUGAAAAUCAAAAUGUAUUAGUGAAUGAGGGAGCGAUUAAGGAGAGAUGGAAGGAAUAUUUCACAAAAUUAUUCAAUGAUGAUGGCGACACAAGAGUUAGGUUGGGACAUCUUAGUAAUUCCGAAGGGAACUUAAGCUAUACAUUUUAUCGACGCAUAAGUCUAAAUGAAAUAAGACAAGCAUUAAAAAAGAUAAAAAAUCAUAAGACGGUAGGACCAGAUAAUAUACCAAUAGAAGCAUGGAAAUGCAUGGGAGAAGAGGGCAUCUCUUGGCUAACGAAAUUAUUUAACGCGAUUCUUAAAUCAAAAAAGAUGUUAGAUGAGUGGAGGAAGAGCACUUUGGUCCCUAUAUAUAAGAAUAAAGGAGAUGUUCAAAAUUGUGAAAAUUACAGAGGAAUUAAGUUAAUGAGUCAUACCAUGAAACUCUGGGAGAGAGUAAUAGAGUAGAGGCUCAGAAAAAAAACAGAGGUAUCGAAAAAUCAGUUUGGUUUCAUGCCUGGUAGAUGAACAAUGGAAGCUAUAUACCUACUGAGACGCCUAAUGGAAAGGUACCGGGAGCAUCAGAAGGACCUACAUAUGGUGUUUAUAGAUCUAGAAAAGGCCUAUGAUAGGGUCCCUAGAGAAGUAUUAUGGAGGGUUUUAGAGAAGAAAGGAGUUUGAAUAGCCUAUAUAUAAGCCCUUAAGGACAUGUAUCAUGGUGCAGAGACAAGGGUCAGAACAUGCGGAGGGGAUACUGAACCGUUUAAAAUUACAAUAGGAUUGCAUCAAGGUUCUGCACUAAGUCUAUACUUAUUUGCUUUAGUAAUGGAUGAACUCACUAAAGAUAUUCAGACAGAGGUGCCAUGGUGUAUGCUAUUUACAGACGACAUAGUGUUGGUGGAUGAAAUAAAAGAAGGAGUGAACACUAAGCUUGAGUUAUGGAGAAACAAUUUAGAAUCUAAGGGAUUGAAAUUAAGUAGAAAAAAAACAGAAUAUAUGGAAUGUAAAUUUAGUAAGAAUGCAAGAGUGGAGGAUGUUAUAAUAAAAUUGGAAAACCAGAUCUUACAAAGAAAAGAUCAUUUUCGAUAUUUGGGAUCAAUGAUUCAAAAAGAUGGAGAAAUUCACGAGUAUGUCACACAUAAAAUUAAGGCAGGUUGGCUAAAAUGGAGAAAUGCAUCGGGGGUGUUAUGUGAUGGUAAAAUCCCAUUAAAACUGAAAAGAAAAUUUUAUAGGACAGCUAUAAGACCAGUUUUGUUGUACGGUUCAGAAUGUUGGGUAGUCAAAUACCAACAUGAGCAAAAGACGAGCGUAGCGGAGAUGGGGAUGUUAAGAUGGAUGCGCGGCCAUACAAGAAAAGAUAAAAUUAGAAAUGAAGUUAUUCAUAAUAAGGUAAGAGUAGUGCCAAUAGAGGAGAAGAUGAGAGAGACUAGACUAAGAUGGUUUGGUCAUGUGAAAAGGAGACCAAGAGACACUCAUGUGAGGAGAGUUGACGAAAUGGAACAAUUAGUCAAAAAAAGAGGUAGAGGCAGACCUAAGAAGACUUUGGGAGAGACAUUAAAAUUUGAUAUGAAGUGUAUGGAUCUCAAUGAAGAUAUGACAAAAGAUAGAAAUACAUGAAAGUCUAGAAUUCAUGUAGCUGACCCCACAUAGUGGGAUAAAGGUUGGAUAUGUUGUUGUUAUUGUUGUUGUAUUAUCUUGAAUAAAAUUUGCAUUAUCUUAAGUCUUCUCCUUCUUGAACAAGGAGUCUUUUCCAACACUCUCCUUCAAGCUAGUGAAUAGAUGUCUAUCAUUCCCAACUUGCCUCUUAUUACUUCAAAUCCUUGUUUUUGCAUUGCCUUGGUCAAGAUAUUUGCCUCUCGAUCUUUGGUAGGAACAUAAGUUAGUCUUAUAUCUCCUGCUUCUAUUUCUUCCCUAACAAAAUGCAUGUCAAUUCUCACAUGCUUCAUCCGGUCAUGUUGUACUGGAUUAUUCACUAUACUUAUAGCUGAUUUACUAUCGCUAUAAAGUAUUUUUGAUGUUGUGAUUGGCAUGUCCAUAUCCUUCAUCAAUCUUUCUAACCAAAUUAUCUCACAAAUGCACUGUGCAAUGGCUCGAUACUCGACCUCGGCACUGCUACGUGAAACAACCUGUUGCUUUUUGCUUCUCCAUGUGACUAGAUUUUCCCAUAAUUUUGUGCAAUACACUGUGCAAUGGCUUGAUACUCGACCUCGGCACUGCUACGUGAAACAACCUGUUGCUUUUUCCUUCUCCAUGUGAUUAGGUUUCCCCAUAAUUUUGUGCAAUACCCUAAUGUGAAUUUGCUGUCUUCAACAAAUCCUGCCCAAUAUGCGUCUGAAUAACUCUUUAUUCCUCUUUCACUACUUUUCUUAAACAACAAUCAUUUCCCAGGUGUGCCUUUAAGAUAUCUUAGGAUAUGAUAAGCAGCUUCUAGAUGUCUUUUGGUUGGAGAAUGCAUGAAUUGACUGAUUAUACUUACCGCACAGACAAUAUCUGGCCUUGUAUGAGAUAAGUAGAUCAAUUUUCCCACUAGACAUUGAAAUCUGCCUAUAUCAACUUGAUCCUCUUCAUUCUUUUCAUUUUUAUUCUUCCAAUUUGGUUCUAAAGGAGUGCUAGCUGGCUUGCACCUGAGUUUACUAGUUUCCCUCAAAAAAUCAAGAGCGUAUUUUCUUUGUGAGAUGAAAAUACCCUCGCUGUUUCUUGCUACUUCCAAUCCCAAGAAAUAUUUUAAAUCUCCCAAAUCCUUAACUCCAAAUGCCUCUCUUAAUUGAUGCUUCAAUAGUUCAAUCUCUUGAUGGUUGUCUCCGAUGAUAAUUAUAUCAUCCACAUAGACUAUAAGAAUGGUCUUCUUUCCCCCAGAAUCUGUCUUUAUAAAUAAUGUGUGGUCAGCUUGUCCUUGUCUAUAUUUAAGUUGUUGUAAAGUUUCACUGAAUCUCUUGAACCAUGCCCUUGGUGAUUGCUUGAGGCCAUAUAGUGAUUUCUUUAGUUUGCAAACUUUUCCUCUUGUAUCUUAUCUUUCAAAAGCUGGGGGAAUCCUCAUAUAAUUUUUCUUCUUCUAACUCACCAUUUAAGAAGGCAUUUUUAAUGUCUAAUUGGUGAAGUUUCCAAUCCAAGUUGACUGCCAAUGACAGUAUCACCCGAAUGGAAUUAAGUUUGGCCACUGGUGCAAAAGUUUCCUCAUAGUUAAGACCUUGAGUUUGAGUAAAGCCUUGAGCUACAAGCCUAGUCUUGUAUCUCUCAAUUUUUUCAUCUGAUUUAUACUUAACAGUAAAGACCCAUUUGCUCCCAAUGAUGUUUUUUUCAUUGGGUAAUUUCAGUAUCUCCCAUGUGCCAUUCUUUUCUAGAGCAUGCAUUUCCUCCAUUACAGCUUUCCUCCAUUUUUCCUCCUGUAAAGCAUGAUAAAUAUCUUUAGAAAUACUCACAUUAUCAAUGCUGAUAGUAAAGGCCCUGAAUUGUGGGGACAAUUGGGAGUAUCCUAGGAAAUUGGUGAUAGGAUACUCAGUAUAAAAUCUGGUCCCUUUCCUCAAAGCAAUAGGAAUAUCAGGAUCUGAUUUCUGCUCCCUGUUUGUCUCCUGCUCACUGUUAAUACCUUCAGUAUUCCUCUCGAUAAUUUCAGGACUUAUCCAAGGUUCUGAUAGGUUAGCAGGCUGAGAAUCAAGAGUUCUUCUUGAGUAAACCUUUAGAAGUGGUUUACUUUGGGGCUAAUCAUCCUCCUGAUUUUUGGUUUCGUUAUUUUCUCCCCCUUGACAGGUUUGAGGUGAAGGAAUAGGGGCUGGACAAGCUUUAGAUGUGGUUUGAGAGGAUUCUUUGUCAUGAAUAGGUGUAAGGACAGUAGGAGACAAAUCUGGAAUAGGUAUCAAUGGGUCCCAAUGAGGUGUUUUUCAGUGAAAUUCUGCUGGGAAUUGUCAUGGAAGAAUGACUUAUUCUCAAGGAAUGAAACAUCACAAGAAACAAUAAAGUUUCAGGUACUAGGGUUGUAGCAUUUAUACCCUUUUUGGUUAGGUGAGUACCCCACAAAUACACACUUGGUAGACUUGGGAUCCAACUUGGACAGUGUUGGCACAUUUCUGUGAACAAAAACAAUGCAGCCAAACACUCAAGGAGUAAGGGAAUUUAGGACUCUAUUAUGAUGAGGAAAAGUUUCAAGAAGUACAUCUAAGGAGUCCUAAAUUUUAGAGUCUUUGAGGGAAGCCUAUUAAUGAGAUAUGCAUCUGUUAAUACUGCUUCUCUCCAAUAGGAAUUUGGAACCGAAUGGGUUCUUGCUGUCUCAAGAAGAUGGCUAUUCUUUUUCUCGACUAUCCCAUUUUGUUGAGGGGUAUCUGAGCAUGAGCUUUGGUGAAUGAUACCAUGCUCGCUUAGGUAUUUGUUGAAAUCAUUAGAGAAAUAUUCUUUUCCAUUGUCGGUUUUCAAUAUAUGAAUUUGGGUUUGAAAGACAUUUUUGAUCAUGAGAUGAAAAUUCUGGAAUAUAAGACAAGCUUCUGAUUUAUCUUUCAUUAAGAAAACCCAACAUAUCUGUGUAUAAUCAUUGAUAAAAGUGAUAAACCAUCGAGUGGUAGUGAGAUUUGAGGUUCUAGAUGGCCCCCAAAUAUCACUAUGAACAAGAUGAAAAGGUUUUGAAGGAUUAUAAGCAUGAUUAGGAAGAGUGGUUCUAAUUUGUUUUGCAAGAAUGCAAUGUUCACAAAUGAAAUCUUGAAUCUUAUUUCUAGAAAACGAAGGAUACAAACAUCUAAGAUAAUCCAAACUUGGAUGUCCCAAAUGUUGAUGCCAUAACAAUAAGUCUGAAUUAGAAACUAUAGACAAAGAAGAUGAAAUAAAUGACCUAAAACCAGAAGAAUAAUUUGUUCUUGAUGUUUGAUAAAGUCCCCCUCUCAUCUUAGCACUACCAAUCUUCCUCCUCGAGGUUAGGUCCUGAAAAAUACAACAAUUUUUGAAAAAAGUCACCAUGCAAUCUUUAUUUUGAGUUAACUUACUAACUGACAGUAAGUUGCAUUGGAGAUUUGGCACAUAAAGUAUCGAUUUAAGGGAUAUUUCUCUAAGAUUUACAGUUCAUUUUCCCUUUACACAGGAUAUUAUCAUCAGCCAUAACAACAUUAAUCAGUUUAUCACAUGUUUCAUAAUCAGAAAGCAAUUUUAGGUCACCUAUCAUAUGAUCAGAAACACUUGUAUCUAUGAUCCAGCAGUUUGUAGGGCAUUUUUGAGACAUUAGAGAGUAUAUUUCAGUACCUUUCCCUGCCAGAGACACUGUUGGAUUAGGAUUCUCCGGGAUUUCAGUUUGAGUUACCUUAGUUUGGUUUAGCAAGCUUUGUAGAGCCUCCAUCUGAGCAGCAGUUAGACUGAAAUUUGCUGCACUCCCUUUUUCAGCUUUCAUUGUAUAGGCUGAUUGUGCUUUUUUUCUUUGACUUCUUGGUUUCCAUCCAGCCGGCUUUCCAUGGAUUUUCCAACAUGUAUCCUUAGUAUGGUAUGGCCGAUUGCAGUAUUCACACCAUUGUUUUUCUUUGGGGUUCUCUCCUUUAGUUGUAGCAUAUGGCUUUCCUCGGAAACUACUUAGGGCUAAGGCUGAAGAAUAUACCUCAUUGUUCGACUCCCCUAAGCCCAAGAACAUCACCUUCUUUCGGCUCUCUUCCCUUCUAACCUCUGCAAAUACUUCUCUCAUUGUUGGGAAAGGUUUUGUUCCCAACAAUCUGCCUCUAACCUCAUCUAGAUCUAAGUUUAAACCAUGUAAGAAGUCAAACACUCUUUCCUUCUCUACUAUCAGCAGCACACUCCCAUUUAAUCUCAUGAAAUAAAUCACUUUCUUGCCAUAACUCGGUUAAGGUAUCAAAAUUCUCAGUGACUUAGUUUGUACCUUGCUUGGUUGUUCGUAUGAGUGAUCUAACCUAGAAUGAUUGAGCUGUAUUUUCCAAAUGAGAGUAGACUUCUUGGACUGCUUGCCAAAUCUCACAAGCCGUCUUGUAGAAGAGGUAAGUCCUUCCUAUCUUUGGCUCCAUUGAGUUCACUAACCAAGCCAUAACUGUGGCAUUCUCAGCUUCCCAUAUGCCAUAUGUUGCUGUCUCUGAAUUCGGUUUAGGCGUAAUACCGGUUAGGUAGCCUUCUUUACCUUUCUCUCUAACAACUAACAACACAGAUUGUGACCAUUCCCUAUAGUUGGCCCCAUUUAACUUGUGCUAUGUGAUCUGGGGGGAUUGGCUAUCCAUUGCUAUUGGAAUAAUGGAUCCAUGAUGGUUGAUCGGAGAGGUUGCAGAAGAGGUCUCACUAGACGAGACCUUUCCUGCCAUUCUUCCAACUCGAGAAUCCUUCAAGGAGUUGAAGACACGAAUGAAAAAGAGUCCACAAACCGUGGCUCUGAUACCAUUAACAAAUACCGUAGGAGAAGUCAACUUUUCUCCCUUAAUCUUCCAUUAGCUAGUGUUAAACUUAUAUACCGAAAAUUCCUACAAAAAUCUCCCAUAAAAUUCUCUAGAUAUUCUCAUAAUUUACAGCAGUGAUAGUCUUUAUCUAAUGUACAACACAAAAUUAAAUUAAAUAAAAAUAUUAUCUUGAAUAAAAUCUGCAUUAUCUCGGGUCUUCUCCUUCUUGAACAAGGAGUCUUUUACAACAAUAACAAAUUAUUUCACCAAGAAAACUUGAGAUUACCUUCUUUGGUUGAAAGAUGACCAAAGGAGUCCCGUAAAUUUAGUUGUCUUGUCUUUUAACAAAAUGGGCCAGCCAUUGGUUUUAAUUAGUGGUCAUGAUUGUGUAAUUAGUUUUUUCUCACUUUGGUCAAUAAAAUGGAGAGCUUGUUUUUGCAAAAUUGAAUUCUUCUCCCGUUGAAGCUUUCUGCAAGCAAUUUAAAAAUCACAUGGAGUGCAUGAUAUUCAAGAAAUAACUUAACGUAUUAUGCAAACAUGACUCUUAUUUUACGGAUCCCCAAAUCAAGUGACAGAGAAUUAUCAAGCCUUAAAACUAGUAUAGCCUUAAUUAAAGCUUAUUACACAAAGCAACAAGUGAUCAUGAAUGAAGAAUCCAAUGAAGAAUCAAACACCUUAAAUAUAAAAUUCUUUUCUUGAGAUCAACAGGACCAUAAACUUGAGAAUGAAAAUGGUGUUGUUUUAUGAAUCAACCAACUCUCCCUUCCAAAAGUUAAAUUAUUAUGCUUCAGCCUUUCAUGUUGAUUCUUGUCUUAGGCCUUCUUCCAUUGUUUGAACCAACAAGGAGGCUUUGGCCAAGCAUCAAUGGCAAGAAGUCAGAAGUAUAAUAAUUUUAUUGAGAAGCUGAAUCUUGGUAAGGAGAGUUGGAUUGAGCAUCUGUUCUUUCUUCUUACAAGUAAAAACAAAAACAUGAUUAGAGAAGAUUGGAGAGUUAAUUCAUGUAGCAACUGGAUUAAAGUUUGUGAUGUUGUUACUAAGUGAAAAAAAUAGGCCUGUUUUUAUUUGUGUAGGGAGCCAAUGGUAUAUGCUGGAGACAAGAUUUGUGGGUAAGUGUUUUAGCAAUUUGGCUGUGAGCAACACCUAAUAAGCUACUUAUCUUGUGUCCUGAAGGGUAAUGUUUUAGAGAGGAACAGUUAGAUCUAGCAAGAUGAAGAAGAAAUACAAACGAAGGGAGACGUAUUUGGCAUUAAUUUUGAACAUAUGAUUUCAAACAUAUUGGAUCAAUCCAGUACACUCCUUAUAUAGGUUUUGGAUAUAGAUUUCAGUUAAUCUUUGAUCAUGGAGCCUUGGCUAUUUCUGGUUUGUUUAAGAAUAAGACAAUCAGGUUCCUAGUAUCAUCACAUUUCUUUUGAGGAGGUAGAACCAUUUCUUUCUACCGGUGGAUUUUGGAACCCCAUUUUUGUAUUUACCAACGCAAAUCAUUGCCAAAAAAAAACUAUUCAAACCAGUCAAAGUGUCAAGUUCUUGAAAUUUUCUUCACGAGUUCUAAACCUUUUCAGUGAUCGUUUUCACAAGUUUUCAGAUUAAAUAAAUGGUUGGAAUUGCUUCUCAUUGUUGGAGAUAAUUUAGAAAAUUUCUGGGCAGAUUUGAUGAUGUAUUCUGAAGCCAAGAAUAACAGCAAACAAAAGUUGUAUAAGACAUUUGCACUUACUCAUCCUAUAUAUAAAAUAUGUAAUAUUUCAAGAUGUGUGGUAAGCUAAACUUGUGCUUUAUUUAGAAAAAUAUAUAUGAUGUCUUAAUAAUGGAUGAAUGAGUCCCUUACAUUAUAAAAGCUUCAAUUACAUUGAUUUGUAAAUUUUAGACACCUUUUAAUGACAAAAAUUUAUGCUGAUAAGCUAAUUAUAGUAACCUGUCAAACUAACCUAUAUUACUUUAUAUGCAAGGAAGUAGCAAUAGAUGCGUAAUCAAUACAAAAAAAGAGAGAAUAAGAAAUUAGACUAAGUAAUAAGGUUUGAGUUUGUGUCUAAUAAGAUAAGAUGUGGCAGAUGCAAUUAAGAUGGUGGCUAUAUGAGAAUAAGAUGGAUAGAUGCACCUGUGAGAUGAGUGGAUGAAAAUCAAAUAGAGGAAAUUUAUAUCCAAAGAACAAAAGCAGGACCAAAGAAAAAUGUGAGAUAGGAUGUAAUAACAUUACAGCAGAUAUGGUCAUGAAUAGAGAUGGUUGGAGGUCCAAAAUUCAUAUAGCUGGCCAUCUAGUUGGACUAAGGCCUGUAAUUAUUAUUGUUGCUGUGGUGGUUAUAAACUUUUCUUUUAUUAAGAUAUAAUGACAAACAAUUAAAAACGAAAAGAAAAAACACUUAGUAAUUUAGAAGUAAGACAUCGUUACAAACUACUGCAAAAAUAAAAGAAAAUUUGCCAUUAACCUCACAUAUUGCGUCAAGCAUAAGCAUAUUUUGUUGACUCCCUAAACACAUAUUUUCCAUACAUGAAUUGAAUUGGCUUGUUACUCUCUUCUUUCUCUUUCUCUGUACUUUUGGAGCUCUGGCUACAGAUUUUUGGACUGCUUUGUUUUUUUUUUAUUUUGUAUGCUACAAGUUCUAUAAUUUGUGGUUUAAGGUCUUAUUCUUGUUGUUCUUUUUGGUUGGUAUAUAGUUUGAUUCUUUUUUGCUUAUUUGGAGAUCCGUCUGUUUUCUUCAUAAAAAGAUCAAUGAGGAUGGCAUUCAAUCACUGAGUUAAAAGAGCCAUUGUUUUGUCAAUCACAUGCCAUUACUGAAUACAAAAAACAUUUAGGUUCAUUAAUAAAUCAUAUAGAGAAUAUAUAAAUAUCACAAAUGAAAAUCAUUUUCAAAUACAUCAUUAUAACUUUAAAAGCAUCAACCAACACCUAAGUUCACGAAAAGGCCCUGGAAAACAAAAAAGUAAAUAUUUCCUCUGUUGAGUUGUAUAUAGAGAUAACACUUGUGUGUGUAUUCUAGACUUAGGGUUAGCCUUAUGUCAUGGCUUAUGGAUGAUUUUGUAUAAAUAGGUGUACAUUCUAUUAGUUAAGAGAUGCAAGAAAUUUCCAAUCUCUCUUAAGUUUUACAUGGUCUCAGAGCAGAUAAUAUAUCCCGACCUGGAGACAUGUUAUGAACAAAGCACGUACAACCAAAGAUAUGGGGAGGAAGAACAUAUAAUGGUUGAUCAGGAAACAAAAGAGAGUGAGGAACUUUGUCUUGAAGAACAAAGGAAGGCAUCUUAUUAAUGAGAUAGCACAAGAUGAUUGAUGUAAUAUUCCUUGAGAAGACAUAAAGGUAGUGAAGGGAGCAGAAAAAUAUUCAGACACUGAUUACGCUGGUUCUCCAUCUGAUAAACGAUCUACUUCAGGAUAUUGUGUUCUGGUUGGAGGGAACUUAGUAUCUUGGAAAAGCAAAAGGAAGGAUAUUGUUGCUAGGUCAAGUGCAGAAGCAGAAUAUUUGAUUAAAACAAUUGCUUCAGGAACUCAAAUUUGGAGAAAUAUCACAGAUGAGAUUAAUUUGCGAUAAUCAAGCUGCGUUACAUAUUGCAUCCAAUCCAAUCUUUCAUUAGAUGACCAAACACAUCGAGAUAGAUUGUCACUUCAUUCGAGAAAAGAUUUUAUCUGGUUGUAUUAUCACAGUUUUUGUCAAUUUAAAUUACCAGUUAGCAGAUGUCUUUACUAAAUCUCUCAGAGAUUCUCGAAUUGGGUAUAUAUGUAACAAGCUUGGUGCAUAUGAUAUGUAUGCGCCAACUUGAAGGGGAGUGUUGAGUUGUAUAUAGAGAUAACACUUGUGUGUGUAUUCUAGACUUAGGGUUAGCCUUAUGUCAUGACUUAUGUUAUGCUUAUGUCAUGACAUGAAUAAUUUUGUAUAAAUAGGUGUACAAUCUAUUACUUAAAAGAUGCAAGAAAUUUCCAAUCUCUCUAAGUUUUACACCCUCUUUCAACUUGCCAGGGUAUGUGGAAUGUCCCAAACACACAAAAUACGUGUAAUAUGAGCUAAACAGAUACUCACUUCUCAAGAGUUAAAAUGCUCACAUGUUGCUUCUGUGUAUAAACUUUUUCUUAAAAUUAGUAUGGUAUAGGUUGAAAAAUGUAAAAGCACGGCUCCCAAGUGAUAAAAGAAAGAAGAACUCAAAUUUUGUCCUUUACCAACUUAAAUAUAUUAUUUUCAUCAGCUGCAACUUACUGCAACCAAGUUAGGGUUGGUGCUACCAAAUUAAAUAUAUUAAAUCAAGGUAAAUUACACUAUUAGUCCUUCAACUUUUGCACUCCAUAGUAACAAUUUACUUUUUGUCACCACUAAACUUUAAUUUUUUAUAUAAUUUAGUCCCUCUUUUCAUUUUUCACCAAAUUCUAUUAAUGAAAACUGAUAUAAGAUAUAUUAAUAUAAAUUCAGAAAUCAGUUAAUGUUAAAAUAACAUAAGCCCCACAAUCAUGUGAUUUUGAGGUUUAUAUUAAUAUAUAUCGUAUUAGUUUUUGUUAAUAAAAUUUGACGAAAAAUCAAAAAAGAAACUGAAUCGUAACAAAAAUCAAAAUUAAGUGAUUGUGGUAACAAAAAUUAAAACACAAUGACCAAUUUGUUAUGGAAUGCAAAGUUCAAGAAUUAACAAUGUAAUUUACUCUAUUAAACCACUUCAAAUACAGCAGCCUGGGGCAUUCUUGUGGUCAAUGAAUUUCUUUAUCAGCUAAUACAUGUUUCAGUGAAAUGUUGGCUAGCCUCUUCUUGAUAAUGGUAUUUAUGAUUUUAAGCAUCUCCUUUACUACUAACAUUCACGUCGUGCAUUGGACUAAACAAUUAAUUAAGAGCGAUUUGGUUGGCAGAGCACUUUUGUUGUCAAUUUAGAUAAGAUAUUAAAAUCAAUAUCUGCACCAUUUACAAAUUUAAAUCAGAUUGAAAUGGAGCUUUUCCACCUCGAACCAAUUUAAAUGUUGAGAUUAAAUUGAUUCUUCUGCAAUGGGAUAAGUAGAUUCAUCUUGUGCUUAUUUUUCUAUU